AGUCAAUGUGAGCGAGGGGGAGGAGGGGGAGGAGGAGAAGGAGAAAGAGUUGGUGGUGAGAUCGAUGAAGUGGCAGGCAGAGGGAAGAGGAGGAGGAGGAAAAUCUCACGAGAUAAUGAAAGAAAAAGGGGAGCGCUGCUAGUGCGGAGCCACGGAACGAGGCCAGACCCGGACAUUUUGGAGCGGGAGACAAAGACUGGGAAAAGCGCAAGGAAACGCGAGCGAGCGCCGUCCGCAGCCGCAGAUGCUCGACGCGCUCUGGCUUCGGUGAACGCAGCGCCCCGGAGCGCAGCGGACCAAUUGUGUGAAUCUGCAGCGCUGCUCGGCGACAGUCGGAGAGAUGCUCAGCACAGACAACAGCGGCGGACGCGCUCUGAGAAGUGGACCGUAAAGGCAGGCACAAAAGUGAGGCUUCUGCCGAGGAGCAGCAGAGAGAGGAAAAACCACAGCCGCCGCUACAAACUCAUUUUCCUGGAGUUUGAGGGAGUUUGAAGACACUACUUAACGGUAUCAGAUAAUUAAUUAGACACCCCAUAAGCCCGGAAAUCAAUUAAUUCACAAAUCAAUAAAUCCAUAGUCUGGUGUAACGAGCGCUUCCAGACCCGAGUGGCUGCGGAGCAACAACCGGCCGCGACGAGCACGCCUCCAUUUGCUGAAGCAGAAGAUGGAUGGGGGUCUAGGGGAGAUGUCCCUCCACAGCCACGCGGAGCUGCACAGCCAGGACGGCCGCGCCAUGCUGCACUCGCGGGACCUGUCCGCCGCCUUCCCCCGGCCCUCCCUGGGGGGCCCCUCCGUGUCCCUGGAGCCCGAGCCCCGGCCCCCGGCCUUCGACCACUCCAUGUCGGCGCUGGGCUACAGCGGCGACUCCCCGUCCGGCUCCGGCAGCACCUACACCACCCUGACCCCGCUGCAGCCCUUUGACGACAAGUUCCACCACCACCACCACCACCACCACCCCUGCCUGCCCGUCAGCAACGUCAUCGGCAGCUUCACGCUCAUGCGCGAGGACAGAGGCCUCGGCACCAACUUCUACAACCCGUACAGCAAGGACCUGGCCAUGUCCCAGAGCCUGACGCCCCCGUCCUCGGGCUCGGGCCUGGGCUCCUCCAUGCACGGCUACGGCAGCCUGGGCAACAGCCCCAACGCCAACGCCGGCCAGAUGCUGCACGGCGGCUACGACGUCCACGGAGGCAGCCUGUUCUGCAGGACCUCGGACUUCGGCCGCGAGAUGUCGCCCCCGGGCCUCGGGGGCGGCGACGUGUCCGUGGGGCAUCAGCUGAACAAGAUGGAGGCCCACCAGCACGCGCCGGGCCACCACCCCCACCUCUACAGCCAGCACUACCCAGCCCACCACCACCCCAGCCAGCAGGUGUCCAAGAUGGGCGAGCACAUGCACUCGUCCUCGUCCGCCUCGUCCUCCCCGGGCGACGGUAUGCUGCCGGGCGCUCAGGGCGGCGGCGCCGGCGCCGGCGAGGAGAUCAACACCAGGGACGUGGCCCAGAGGAUCAUCACCGAGCUCAAGAGAUACAGCAUUCCCCAGGCCAUCUUCGCCGAGAGGGUCCUGUGUCGGUCGCAGGGCACGCUGUCCGACCUCCUGAGGAACCCCAAGCCCUGGGGCAAGCUCAAGUCCGGCCGCGAGACCUUUAAGAGGAUGUCCCGCUGGCUGCAGGAGCCCGAGUUCCAAAGGAUGGCCUCGCUGCGGCUGGAGGCCUGCAAGAGGAAGGAGCAGGAGCAGAGCAAGCUGGAGCGCAACCAGGGCCCCAAGCGCACGCGGCUGGUGUUCACGGACCUGCAGCGGCGCACGCUCAUGGCCAUCUUCAGGGAGAACCACCGCCCCACCAAGGAGCUGCAGGUCACCAUCUCCCAGCAGCUGGGCCUGGAGCUCUCCACCGUCAGCAACUUCUUCAUGAACGCCCGCCGACGCAACCUCAACAAAUGGGCCGACGAGGGCCGCCCGUCCUCCACGGGGUCCUCGGGAUCCAGCGUGUCGUCCUCCGCGGUGUCCUGCAGCACGGCGUGAUGACGAGCCGCCGCGGAGGCGCGGUGGGAGGGCGCAGAGGGAGCAAGGGGGCACAUAGACUGGUCUAGGCAGAGAUCAGCCGUAAUAAUGUCCUCCUCACUAUCUGAAGGAGGGACGGAGAGGAUUUACGAAGAUGAAGCAUUUUCCCAAACCAAAGUUGAUCGCUUCCUUGAAAUGGAAGGGGGCGAUACCCAGAGUGAUACGAGCGCAGGACGUGGGGUCCUGCUUGUACAGCGAAGGGUGCAACGAUGAUGUGAAGAGUCACACCCUGACUUAGACGCCAUCUCAUCCAUUAUUUUGAUUAUGUAGAUUAGAGAUAAUGAGGGUAUUAUGAAUCAGGAGGAGACAUAUUUUGGUGUACCUUCAAAUCUAUUGUCAUCUCCAAAUGUGAAGAAUCAAGAGGUGCCAUUUGCUCACAUGUGGAGAACUUCAUAGUGUAACUCCUUAAUCAGAAGUGUUCACCACCCAAAGACAUGACCCCACCCCCCCCC